CCUGAGGCCGAGGUGGAGAAGUCCAAGAGGACGGUCCUGGCCAGCAACCGCCUCAAGACCACCAAGUACACGGUGCUCUCCUUCCUGCCCAAGAACCUCUUCGAGCAGUUCCACCGCCUGGCCAACGUCUACUUUGUGUUCAUCGCGCUGCUCAACUUCGUGCCGGCUGUCAACGCCUUCCAGCCAGAGCUGGCCUUGGCCCCCGUCCUCUUCAUCUUGGCGGUCACUGCCAUCAAGGACCUGUGGGAGGAUUACAGCCGCUACCGCUCCGACAAGGAGAUCAACCACAUGGAGUGCCUGGUGUACAGCAGAAAUGAGAAGAAAUACAUAAGCAGAUACUGGAAAGAAGUGAAAGUUGGAGACUUUGUGCAGCUUCGUUGUAAUGAAAUUAUACCUGCUGACAUAUUGCUGCUCUCCUCAAGUGAUCCCGAUGGGCUGUGCCAUAUAGAAACAGCAAACCUGGAUGGUGAAACUAACUUAAAGCAAAGACAGGUGGUGAGGAAGUUCCUAGAGCUG